AUACUCACUCGAAGCAGAUUCAUGUUUCGCAUACUGUUAUGUAGGUCCAUUUCGUCAGGAACAUAUCACAAGAAACAAGGUGAAACUUUUUAAUUCAAUGGUCACACAUUUUGAUUCGAUAAAAAAGAAUUUAUUGAAAUCACUGGAAAUACUGUUUGAAGAUUACAACGAAGAACGAGAUGCAAACUCGAUAUAUUAUUUUUGGUAACACAUAAUCAGAAAGUGCACGAUGCGAAAGAGUUACUGAACUUCCUCACGACAAGAUCAAGAUUGAAGAGCAAGGACGUCAAAUAGAAGGAUCUUAUAGAAAACUUCGAAGAGUAAGGAGAUUGGAGAACGAAGAAAAAACAGGAAGAAAGGUGCACGCUUCAGUAAGGUCAAAGAGAGAGUCCAUUGGCGCGUCUUCCAUGUAAGUCGCUUAUAUACAUUUGCUCCUUCUUUCCUUCCUCUUCUCUUUCUUUCUUUCUCCAUUCCUUCAUCCUUUCUCUUACUCUCGAAGAAUCGAACUCCUUUUCUACCUACCAAUCUCUCUCCUACAAUGUAUACCUCUACGAAAGUUUUCUCACCUGCGAACCCCCUGUUGGAGAACGAUCUAACUUCGAGGGAAACUUGCGUAUCUGUUGGGGUUGUUCGAAACAAAUGUUACAAACUGUACAACUGGUGAACCGAUUAACUAUAAUAUACCCUAUUUACCGAGUAACCUAUUUCAAAUAAAAAUACAUUCUUUACAAUAUCUAAUACUGUGUUUACUCACUAUACUUGCUUAUUGUUAUAUAAUAUUUUAUUAUACAUAUUUAUUCUUGUUAAUCGAUUAAGUAAUCAGGAUCGUUAAACUCAAAUAAACAAUCUUUUGCGUUUUACAAAUUACCCAACAAAGUUUGCAUAGGUAUCUUCUAUUUCAGACAAACGAAUUUUCAUCAGUUGGACAGAUUAAUAAUAUUUCAAUAUUACAUUUAAGAAACAGUUUGAUUUUAACAAAUUUAGCUAAUUUACUACCGAACAAAAUGUUUAAAACGUAUAUCAUGUGAAAUAAAAAAUUUAAUCUCUUCUACUUCCUACGCUAUUUUUUGGUUGUUUUUCAUAAAUUCUUUCAGAAGAAAAUAGCUCUAGGAAGACUAAAUGUUAAUAGUACGUUCAUAUGUCGUACACAAGGAAGCAAUAAUAGUCCGUAUAUCUCUUUUACUCAUAAACCAAGUAUCAUAAGAUAUUUAUUUUCAGCUCGUAUUUUCUCAGAAUUUAACAGAUAUUCGUAAUACGCGAUAAUAAAACAAUAAAUUCAACGAUGAUAAUAUAUUCGCUGCAGUGAUGAAACUAAGAAACAUAUUCUCUUUGAUUUUCGGCAAAUGAGCAUCGUUUUCUGUAAAUCAGUAAAAUACGCAAAAUGAACGUAUUCCUCGUUGCGUUUGAAAUUCUUUUCAUAUUUAAUUCGAUUCCCAUUGGGACGCUUCAAAUAAUUCCAUCUAAGCGAACAUGUGUAAUGCAAGGAACAUUUGAAAUCGUGGAUGGAACGUGUGCUAAUUAUUAUAUAUGUGUUUUUAACGGAGUUGAAUUCAUAUCAUACGAUAUGUCGUGCGCACCUACGAUGCUAUUUGAUCCCUCGCUAAAAUAUUGCACAUCGUCUACGAAUUAUGUCUGUAAGCAAAUUGCACCAUUGACGCCAAGUUCCACGUCAAGUUUGACACCAAGUUCCACGUCAAGUUCCACGUCAAGUUUGACACCAAGUUCCACGUCAAGUUCCACGUUAAGUUCGACACCAAGUUCCACGUCAAGUUCCACGUCAAGUUCGACACCAAGUUCCACGUCAAGUUCGACACCAAGUUCGACACCAAGUUCCACGUCAAGUUCGACACCAAGUACGAUGCCAAGUACGACGCCCAGUACAACGCCAAGUACAACGCCCAGUACGACGCCAAGUACGACGCCCAGUACAACACCAAGUACAACGCCCAGUACGACACCAAGUACGACACCAAGUACGACACCAAGUACGACACCAAGUACGACACCAAGUACGACACCAAGUACGACUCCAAGUCCUAAAUGCGUUACAAGUGGUAGAUUUCCAAUAACAGGUGAUUGUCAGCAAUAUUAUUUCUGUUACGUGAAUGGUGCAACGAUCAUCAGAUAUGAUCUUAAGUGCCCAAACGGUUUACAAUUUAACAGUGUAACGCAAAAAUGUGUAUUACCUUGUCCAGGUUUUAAGGCAUGUCCACCUUGUGUAUAGUCUAAAUAAAUUUUCUUGAAAUAGAUUAUAAAUCUCUUAAAGAUAUUUUCAAUAUAUUGUUCGACUAUGUUUUCAUUAAAAUUACAUCAUAGAUAAUAAAACUAUCGUAUGUAUAUGUGAGAUUAAAUAUUGUGAAAUAAAAAAUUUUCUGAAAUGUAAAAACGUACUGAAUAAUUCACCAUGAUACUCGUUUGAACAUGUAUCUAAGUUUUAGAUGAGAAUAAUAUAAAGUUUUGACAUAGAUACGAUAUAGAUACAAGAAUGUUAUAUAUCAUGAGAUAUUCAAUAUGUAUAUAUGUACAUUAUAUUUUACUUAUCUUAUUUCAAAAAGAAUUCUAAUUACUUCAUCUACUAAUACAAAUAGAAGAUAUAGGAUAUCGCUUAUAACGUACUAUGGAACUACAGUUCCAUGAUGGUGAUUCUAUGUGUAAAAAAUGAGUCAGUAAUGUAGAAUACAAUCUUUUUGUACAAACAAACGAAUUACGUCCGAUGAAUGGAGUAAACGACCAACGAAAAAGAAAAACAAGAAAAUAUACGAAAAGAGCAAACAGAUGACCAAAGUCUUAUUUCUGCGAACAAAUAUAUCGAUCAACUGCAUCGAUCUUUACAAAUGUAUUAAAAGUAAUGCUUAAAAUUAACGAUAUAACUUAAAGCUGGGACUUAAAAUUCAGAGUUAAAACUAAGGUUUAAAACUACAACUUAAAACGAAAAACAAACAAUGAGUCCUUCGUUGACCUCCACCGUCUAACACAGUUGCUUAGUAUUAAUUUAAUCGAAAUCUUAGAACUAGAACCUAUUUAAAAGUAAAACUAAACUAGAGAUAAUAGAUACUAAUCUGAGGUAUUUAUGGACCGUUGGAAUAUUAUUAGACUUAUACCAUAUAUUAUAUCCAAGAAUAUUAAAAUAUACGGAUGGUGCAAUAAAUACGUCCAUAUAAAUCUAAAGUAUAUUAGAUCGCAGUCCUGUCGGCAGCCUUUCGUAUCAAAAGAUUUAACUUGAAGCAAAAUUUAAAAAAAAUGAAAUUAUAACAGUCUGUUAAAAAUAAUAAUAAAGAAAUUUUUAACUUUUCGUUCUAAGUUAAACAAUGUAUUUUUGUACAAAAAGCAUGCAUACAUCAUAAAUUGAUUCUACUUGUCAAUAAAAUAUCUAUUCUACGUUAUACGUUUCGUUUGUUUUAAUUUAAUGCAUAAUUGGCAGAAGAAACUGGAUAAAUUGUGUAAAAGAUUCUUAAACAUGCUUGUAUUAUAUUUGAUACAGGAGAAAUUGAUAUUAUGUUAGCAGGAACAGAACAUGGAAAUCUUUUUGAUAAUAAAGGAAUACUGAGUAUUGAAGUUUAUUAAUAAGGAUCUGAAUGUAUCUAGAAGACUUAUAAGCACACAUAUCGUGUGCAAGUUAAUAUUAUCUAUUCCCAUGUAGGAAAUUAUUAUGGACACCAAAUCACGUUAUAUUUGACUCUUAAAUAAUUUCAUUAAAUAUGUUUUCAAAACCAGAGUACCACAAAUUAUGACAAGAAAUUUAAGUUCAUUAAGACAGAAAUAAAAUUUAAAAAUGACUCUGUUAGUCUUAUGCACGAUGAUAGAGGUAUCUUUCAAAUAUUUGUCAAUAAAAAUGUUAUUAAUUGUCGUUAGAAAAUUAUUGAAUCGUGCAUGAGUAGAAGUCGUGGAAGUUUAACUCGUAUAUAAACUUAAAUAAUCAUGUUUACCAAAAGAACCAAACCAUGUAACUUACCAAUCAUAGUAUGCAUGAUUGGAUGACGAAAUUUCAUUGCCUUUGUUUUCAUUGCCAUGUCAUUUGCUUCCUCAAAUCCAUGAACAGAAUUUGAUUUUAUGGCUUUGUUCGGAUAUGAAGUGUUAAACUCUAUCCAUAGGUAUAUGUUAUUAAUACUUCGCGUUGUAACCGAUUGUAUUUGAAAUAGAUAAGUGAAUAGCUAAAUGAAAAUUGAAGUACUACAUUAAAACUUAAAAUAUGAUAUUAAAUGUAAAUAAGAUACCGUUUGAGAGAUUUCAAGGAUUUAGUUAAUAUCAGAUAAAAAGAAAUAAAUUAAUUUAAUUAUUACGAAUUGAUGGUGUAACUGUUCUAAAUUUACUGUAGAAUUGUUAUAAAUUAAUAGCAUAAUUAUUAUAAAUUGAUGGUAUAUUGUUAUAAAUUAACAGCAGAAUUGUUUUAUAAAUGGUACAUUUUCUUCCAAACCGCAGUGUACACGGUUUCAUGUCUGUAUGAGUUGCGUGCGAGUUCAACACUUAUAUACUUGUAUACUUAUAUAUACUUGUUAUGACACGCAUACGAAGUGACUUAACCUUGUCAAGAUUAGUCGAAAGUUAACGAUUUUUCCAAUGUAACACAAUCAGAUCUAAAUGGCAUAACAUAAUAAUUAAACUGUUAAUAAGUAAGUUAAAGCGCUAGUUUAUGGCAAAAAUAAUUGUAUUAUAGUGGUUAAACAUGAAACUGACCAAAGGGAAAAGAAUUUAUAUAAUAUUUCAGUUUGUAACAAUAACAGAUUUUUCGAAACUCUUUUACAAGAUUUUUAAUUUUUACAACCAUCAUAAUAUUUUAAUUAAUUAUUAAAUAUAUAAAUAUCAUGUUUUCACACACACACAAUUCUGUUCUAGUGUCUAAUAUAAGAUUAUAUUGAAAUAUUGUUUUCAUGUUUCUUACGAUAGAAUUCCGUUCAAUUGAACCUGUCGUGCGACAAAUACCUAACUUCUAAGCAUUUACAAUUUCUCGCUCAGAUAAAUGAUAAAUGAAUUCAAUGACCAAAAAUUUAUUUAAUCGAGCACUACCUAAAGUUUUGUUUAAAUAAACGGAGCGCAUUCUGAUUAUUUACAAUCGUCGCGGUGACGUUAUAAAUUAUAGAGGGCGUGAGAAACAUUGACUUUAGCGGUCGGUAUUUCAGAUGAGGUCUCAUUUAAUUUCACGUCUAUUCUGUCUUUAGUUAAUGAUAUAACAGUAUAUAUUACCUGAUACUGCAUAUGAUGCCAUGACCCGUAAGAUGUAACAAGUCCAUUUUUAUCGUGUUCGACGAUUCAAUUGAAUUACAAAUUUUUAUAUUCGCCAUAGCAAAUAGAGAGCGUAAGAAACAUUCUGAUCUUUUUCGAGGUCGGUAUUGCAGAACGUGAGACACAAAGUCCUUCGUCGAUACUACCAUGACAGACGAAUAUCCAUAUAGAGUUAGAUCUAUCCUGUACAUACAUACAUCUCUAUCCGUUAAAAAAUCGCCUGCUAACUAUCAACAAGUAGCCGUUAGAAACGCCCCUCGCCCACACAUUACAAUUUCUCAUUUGUUUUUAUAUCGUAGUUAAGGAGAUCAAAAUCAAUGAGUCAUGUUAUCCAUGAACGCAACGAAGAACCGAAUAAACGUAGAGAAAGGAAAACGCCACGUAUUGAUCGUCGGAUAAGUAACCGCUUAUUGGAAAAACUCUCUUCUACAGGAGAGAAAACAACGACUUUAGUAUAUUAAAAUAACCUGACUUACCUAUAAUCAGUUAAUCGUUAUUGUAUAUGAAACAUUGUUAGAUGGCGCUAAUACACCAAAACCACGACAUUGUCAAUGAUCGGUGCUCAUAAUACGACAUCUCGCGAUUGCUCUAAUGCAACACUGCUUGCACGAGUCGUGUUAGGAUCGUGGGUGGAUAAUGUUCGGGUAGUGAGCAUGUUAUUUAAUGCUAUUCUAAAAGUGCUAAAAGUACGACGAUGAGAGUGGUGUUCAGUGGCUUAUUCGUCGAAUAUUCCUUACAUAAUCCAUAAACAUUGGUUUGUUAGCAUAAACGUAUUCUUAUAAUUUACGUUGUAUAACAGAUUUAGAAUCGCUGAAUUAAUACUCGCAGCUAUAUUCAAUUCCUACACACGAUAAGCCCGCGUGGCACGAAUUAACAGUGAAACCAAAUGUUCCUUAUCCAUAAUUUGUCUGUGUUUUAUCUUCGUUUCUAAGCUCAUAAUCAUAGCAAUUGCACAUAGGCGUCUAUAAUACAUGUUAAGACUUUCUGAAGACUUGUAUAAGCGAAGGAAUCUGUUAUUAUUCCAAAUUCAUGUUUUAAAGGUAAGAUACGAUUCUUUACAUGAUUUAAUUAUUACUUUCUAAUUGUUAAUUACUUCCCAUUCGCACGACACGUCAUAAGAAACUUACAAAAUAUGGUAGCUGGUACAACGUAGGUAAACUUUAUCUAUGUAAAUUGCUUAAUUCGAGUCAGUCAUGCGUACAUCGAUUUAAUUUCUAAUUUUGUUUUCUUUCAUAUUUUGUAAGAACUAGUCAGAGCAGAUACAAGAUUAUGUAAUAGUUACCAAGCACUUAACGUGAAUAUUUUAAAAGAAAAUAGAGGAUGGUAAUACAAGAUAUAAAUUUUAAAAGAUGUUAUCACUAUCAACUCGUGCAUUUAUUUCCUAAUCAAAGAAAAAUGCAAAAAGUAAUAUUGUUUCAAGAAUUUUAAGGAUAAUGUGGACACUGCAUAAUGCUGCAGCAUGUUCUUGAAAUAGGACACCAAAUGAUCGAUUACUUUAUACCAAUAGACCUUUCCCUGCUCUAAUUCGUGUCGGUUGUGUGCGAUACGAUGAUACGAAACCACACGAAUUUUAGUUACAUGACAGAAAAUAUCAACAAAUAUAAAAUUCUGCGAAUGAAUACACGAUCGCUGAAUGUCAAAAUUUCACGUUCUUCGUAUGUUGGUAUGUGAUAAGAAAUAAAAAGCGCAUUUUAUAAAAAAAGAGAUAAGGCUGAUAUUGAGAAGAUAAAUACAUUUAAAUAUGUGUGUCUAAAAAACUGUUGAUAAUGCAACGUUUAUUUAACCACUAAUGAUGAAGGAUACGUAGAUAAGUAUUUCGUGUUAAAUAUCAAGCCUUCAUCAUAUAAUUAUUUAUUACGCAAAAAAUAUUGUUUUUAUUAAAAGACGACAUUUGUAAAAGAAGAUACUGCAAAAAAAUUUCAAUUAAAACCAAACGAACGUUAAUUAAAUAAGAAAA